GGCAUGACGGGUUGAAUAGAAUCAACAGGAUCAGUGAGAGAAACCAUCGUCAGAAGAACUCAGACCAAUCUUAAAUGGCUACGCGUUACUGGGGUGACGAAAAACACCCGGACGCAAUAUAUGCUGUAUAUUUACGUAAGGUUCGAUAUGUGCCGCCACAAGGAUACGAAGGUGUUCCGAGGUAUCGAGCAAUCGAUCCGGAUCGACCUAAAACUGAAAGCAGUGAAAUGUCGGGUGCAGACCAUUUGGAAUGGGAAUCCGUAAAAGAAAAAUUGAUCAAAGCUGGAACCGUCGAACGGCUUGUGGAAUGUCUGGUUGGCAGCGAUGACAUGAUGGAUUCGCGUCAUUUCAAUGUCUUUUUCGCAACUUAUCGUUCGUUCACCGAUUCUGCCAUAGUCUUGGACUGUUUGUUGCGGAGGUACGAAACACUGGAAAAUGAAGUGAACGGCAGCACAUCAGCUUUGUUGGUUCAAAACUCUAUCCGACAAAUUGUGAUGUGCUGGCUCGAAACAUAUCCAGAAGACUUUUAUGAUUCGGACAAAGAUUUCGCCAUGCUCAGCAGCCUUCUCGACUUUGGCGGUCGCAAUAAGCUCACCGAAUUACGGGCUAAAGCUCGAAAGCAAAGAGAAGUGUUCAAACGAAUCUAUGAUGAAGGUGGAAUGCAAGCCGCUCUUCCAUCACUUGGCCAGUACGUUGCUGACAUGGGAUUUGACCCUUCCGACUAUCCUAAUAAUAUCAAAGAGCGCGUCAAAAUGUUUGAUGUUGGAAAAGAGAAUUGCGUGCAAAUUGCCGAGCAACUGACGUUUUGGGAUGCGGCACUCUUCAAAGAAUUAUUAAUACACCAGUGCCAGGGAUGUGUUUGGUCGAAGCGGAGAACUGCUGGAGAACGAGUUUACACCGUGAAAGCUACGAUUGAACAGUUCAACUCAGUGUCUCAAAGAGUGAUGACAAGCAUUGUUCUACCGGAUUGCCGGCCCGAAUACCGCGCGAAGAUAAUCAGCAAGUGGAUCGACAUUGCACGCGAGUUGAGAGCUCUCAAGAAUUUUUCAUCCCUUAAAGCUGUUUUGUCAAGUCUUCAGUCUGAGCCUGUACAUCGGUUGAAAUCUGCCUGGAACUCAGUUCCAAACCGUUCCAUAUCACAAUUUCGAGAGCUAUCUUCGAUUUAUGAGACGGACGAAGAUGGAGAUCAAGGAAACGCGAGAAAGAUUCUAGAACAGGAGGGUACCGCGAAAAGCUCCCCACUUCGACGUCCACAACUUAUUCAAAAUUGCCGGCGGACAAAAAGUGAUGUGAACUUGGCCGAAUGUCAGGGAACGGUCCCAUAUUUGGGAAACUUUUUGACGGAUUUGGCAAUGGUUGAUGAGAGUACCCCGGAUUAUACACCAGAGAAUCUGAUAAAUUUUGAAAAGCGAAGGAAAGAGUUUGAAGUUCUUGCCAAGUUGCGACUAUUCCAGUCGGCGGCACGUGCUUAUAAUAUCCCGAUGGAUCGAAUGUUCUGCGCGUGGUUCUUCUUUCUGCCCUGCUUAGAUGAAAAUGAAUGUUUCAAUCGAUCGUUGGAGAUUGAGAAGCCUCCAAUGCACUCCACUCCAGAUCUUUCAUCAUCAAGAAUCAAUAGUAGCAUGCUGAGUAAUGGAUCACAAAGCACGCCGGUCAAAAACUCAACUUUGUCAAGGCUCUUCAAUUCAUCGAGGACUAGUGAGGAUAGCGGAAGUCACAAUGGUAACGGCACGUGGCAUCAACAUUCGCAUUCCUACUCUUCAUCUACAAACUCGCAAAUUCCAUCGAUAAACACUGGAAGUUCGCUGAACAUUUCCGACGGAGGAGUUCCACAGCACUCCCGCGAUAGUGGCCUGCAAUGUGAAGACUGGAUAGAUGGACGAUUGGAUGGUGGGCCGCCGGGGCCUGUACCACUUUCGGGAACAUCUACACUACCGCGUGGAUCUAAUACGAAUACGCCAUCUAGUGCAAACGCGUCGUGGACUGGUGGAAGCGAGUUCACGCCGUCUUCGCUGUUUCCCUACAGUCAUAGUAGGAGUAAAAGUGGAGAAUCGUCGUUGCAAGAAGUGAAGACUUCAAUGUCGACAAGAGCCAGUGCGGAUGGAACUAGUGGAACCCAAUCGCUGUCCCGGAGUGCUACACCUAUCAGAACGCGACUUGCCGAAGUAUUCGAUUCGAAAGUGUUUUCACAUCAGAAAAAGGGCAGCGACGCUUCAAGUUGCUCAUCUUCAUCUUCUCUCUCUGCAAAUGGAAAUUCGCAAGCACAAAAUUCGUUUUAUCUAGCAAGAGUCGGACUUGACGAUGAUCUUCAGAAUACUGACGGUGCAAAUUAUAAAUGCAUUAAGAUAGAAAAUGGAGAUCGAAUGCCGCAGUUGGUAGCUCGAGCGUUGGAAAAACAUUUGAUAGAGGAUGAUAAAAAUACGUAUCUGCUCGUGCAACUUUUGCCACGUGGCGGUGAAUUUGUCCUUCCCGAUAAUUGCAACCCAUUCUAUGCGAUGGCUCCGGACCCGACGUCGCCGAUGUUAAACUUAUUGUUAAGAAAACGUGACGGAAACGGGACCAUUGAAGGUGGUGCCUCACCACAGUUGGGUCCAUCGGCCAAAAAACUGAAUCGCAUGAAGCGAACCAACCUAUUGCGAUGGAGCAGUGGCUACUUGUAAAGCUCAGUCAUACUCUACACCGGUUAUUUUUGUUUAUAUUAGAAAAACCACACAGAAUUUAUAAGUUUUCUAUCUACAAGUACAUAUUAUAUUUGUUUCUGCAGUGCCAAGCAUAUCUUUAUUCAAGCAGGUUUUUUUUAAAGAAAAAAUGUUUGCAUAGAAAUAUGACUGACCCUUUUUUAUCUUUCUUUUCUACGGGUGUUUCAAGCAACAACAAAACUAUUAAGACGCCAUGUCUCUGCUUUCUUUAUGCGCACAUUUUUCAUAAUUAUGUGUUCUUUUCUCUGUGAUUUCUAUGUGCUCUUUCUGGCUCCGAGUCUACAAAUUUUAUAUGCCUUAUUUCUUUUUGAGUUCAACCCAAUUGCUCCAUGUUGAUGAUUAUUACAAUUGAAAAUGCAGGUGGUGUCAUGUCAAUUUACUUAACCCGAAUCAAGUUGUAUACCGAAUUAGUUAUUUAAAAAUGUUUUAAACUAUUUCCUUGUGAAUAAAUUUUAUUGUAUUUCAAA